AUGGCCACCGUUCUAUACCUCUACUUUUUAGUAGGUCUUUGCGUUCAUCUUGCUUUUACAGUUUCGCCUUACUCGACAUACAUCUAUACUCCUGAGAAACGAACAAUUCUUCCAGUCAGUGUUCACAACAUCAACGGUACUUGUGACGGAGCAGCCAGCUUGACUUCUCCCCCAGGAGCUGCCCAAUUUGGCCCAGCAUCUGCUGUCACCUAUGAUUUCGGAAAGAAUGUUGCUGGGAUUGUUUCCUUCAACGUCACCUCGGUCGCCGGUACCGAUGAAUAUAUCGGCAUCAGCUUCUCGGAGAGUUCUCUCUGGAUCAACAGCGAGGGCUGCGACGCUACAGCAGACGCCGGCCUUGACGUAGCGCUAUGGUGGAAGGUCGCAGCAAAUAGCCUGUAUACUGCAGCCAAGGAAUUCCAGCGAGGCGGUUUCCGCUACCUCAACGUUUAUCACAACACCAGCGGAACAGUCACGUUGGAGGGCCUCUCAAUCUUCUUUACCGCUAUUCCCCAGAAGCCAGAGUCCGAAAUGAGGUCGUAUACUGGCUACUUUCACAGCAAUGACGAACAAUUGAAUCGAGUUUGGUAUGCAGGGGCUUACACCAACCAAAUGUGUACCAUUGACGCCCAAGCGGGCGAUUCUUUAGUCCAUCUUGGUACGGUGAUGUCAAAUGAAAGUAUAUCCGGAGCUACGAUCACAUGGUAUAACAACUACACAGUCGCCAAUGGCACCAGCGUCCUCGUUGACGGUGCAAAGCGGGACAGAUUGGUAUGGCCAGGCGACAUUGCGAUUUCUGGCCCCUCAACAUUUGUCUCAACCAAUGAUAUGGACGCAAUCAAGAAUGGCUUAGAUUCUUUACUGUUGCUACAGAACUCCUCGGGUGCUCUCCCAUAUGCUGGAGUGCCCUUCGCCGAACUAGGUCUUGGCUUCAGCUUCACCUACCACCUGUACUCCCUCAUCGACAUCCACGACUACUACCUCUACACAGGCGACAUCGACUACCUCUCCAGAAACUGGGCCGCCUUCAAGCUUGCUCUUGAGUACUCGCUCAGCUUUAUUGACUCAACCGGCCUUCAAUACGUUACGAAACCCAACGACUGGCUCCGCUUCGGGAUGGGUGGUCACAACAUCGAAGCCAAUGCAAUCCUCUACUACACUCUCAACCUUGGUAUCAAGCUCGCACGGAUCCUCAACGACAACAGCGUACCAUCGAAGUACUCUUCAGCUGCAUCCGGCAUCAAGACGGCCGCGAACAGACUCCUCUGGGACCCGAAGAUGAAUCUCUACCGCGACAACGACACCGAACCCCUCACCUCGCUCCACCCUCAAGACGGCAACUCCUGGGCCAUCGUCGCCGGGCUCACCGAGUCUACGGCACAGAGCAUCAACAUCUCCGACGCCCUGAAAGCCCGCUGGGGUCCAUACGGUGCGCCUGCGCCUGAAGCAGGUGCUACCGUGUCCCCUUUCAUCUCUGGCUUUGAGCUGCAAGCACACUACCUUGCCGGCCGGCCGCAAUACGCUGUCCAGUUGAUGAAGACGAUGUGGGCGGACUUCAUGCUCGACGAUCCGCGCAUGACCAACAGCACCUUCAUCGAGGGAUACUCCACUAACGGCGACUUGCACUACGCGCCAUACACCAACGACCCGCGUAUCUCCCACGCCCACGGCUGGGCGACGGGCCCAACUUCCACCCUCACCUUCCACGCCGCCGGCCUGCAGAUCACCGGCGCAGCCGGAAGCAGCUGGUCCAUAUCGCCCAACCUCGGCGGACUGAUAGAAGUGGAGGCCGGCUACCAGACGACGCUCGGCUCCUUCUCCGUGAAGGUGAAUAGUGGCAAGAACGGGGGGAUGAGCAUUGAGUUCAACACGCCGGCAAAUACGAGUGGCGUUCUGUCCGUUGCGUAUCCCGCUGCUGGUGGGACCUUGACGAUCAAGAACAAAUCCAGCAAGGCCAAGGACAUUGUCGUGAGCAUGGAACCUGGCGGUUCAGGCAGAGUCGAAGUGGAUGGACUGGCUGGUGGGGAGUACACGGCUACUUUGAGUGUUGAUUGA